GCAGCAGAGGAAGCCGAGGGGCGGCCAUCUUGGGUCCGUGAGGCUCUGAGGUACCGGGAGCGGCGGCGGCCGGCGGGUGGAGGCUGAGGCGGCAAGUGAACCCGAGGGAGCGGAGCAGCCGGGCGCAGGCGCCGCUUCCGCAGCUCCCUCCAUGGUCGACGCCCGCAGCCCGCGGCGGCCUGUCUUGCACUUCACCUUGUCCACAUCCUCCUCGUCCUCGUCUUCAGGGGCAGCCGGCGGCGCCGUGUGGAGGCCCCGGCGCUGAAAUCCGCGGUGCGACGGGCGAGGGCGGACGAGGAGGCGAAGGGGUCCGGGCCCGCGGGGCGCCCUGAGGCGCGGGGACGCCGGCGGGCCGACCCGCAGCCCGCCGCCGGCCCGGCCCCGCCACCGCCGCCCGCGGGGCUCCUCGGCGCGGCCGCCGGGGCCGGGGGGAGCAUGAGCCGCGGGACCCGCGGAGGGACGGCCCGGGCCCGGCCCGGGAUCUAGACGGCCGUGGGGGAGGGGAGCCGCCUUCCGCGGCGCCGCUCCGGAACCGCAGGGCCCUCGAGGACGCGGUCGCCGGCCCCCCAAGGCCGCGCUGAUUUGUUUCACCGUCGCAUUGUGCAGAAGCGAAGUGAAGUACAAUGUCCACUCGGACCCCGCUGCCCACGGUGAAUGAGAGAGACGCUGAGAACCACACGUCACAUGGAGAUGGGCGGCCAGAAGUUUCUUCUCGCACUGGGCGCUCUGGAGCUCGGUGUAGAAACUCUAUAGCUUCCUGUGCUGAUGAACAACCUCACAUCGGAAACUACAGACUGUUGAAAACAAUCGGCAAGGGGAAUUUUGCAAAAGUGAAAUUGGCAAGACACAUCCUUACAGGCAGAGAGGUUGCAAUAAAAAUAAUUGACAAAACUCAGUUGAAUCCGACAAGCCUACAAAAGCUCUUCAGAGAAGUAAGAAUAAUGAAGAUUUUAAAUCAUCCAAACAUAGUGAAGUUGUUCGAAGUCAUUGAAACUGACAAAACGCUCUACCUAAUCAUGGAGUAUGCAAGUGGAGGUGAAGUGUUUGACUAUUUGGUUGCACAUGGAAGAAUGAAGGAAAAGGAAGCAAGAGCUAAAUUUAGACAGAUUGUUUCUGCAGUCCAGUACUGCCACCAAAAGCGGAUUGUGCACAGAGACCUCAAGGCCGAAAAUCUAUUGUUAGAUGCUGAUAUGAACAUUAAAAUAGCUGACUUUGGUUUUAGCAAUGAAUUUACUGUUGGCAGUAAACUGGAUACGUUUUGUGGCAGUCCUCCAUAUGCAGCCCCAGAGCUCUUCCAGGGCAAGAAAUACGAUGGGCCAGAAGUGGACGUGUGGAGCCUUGGCGUGAUUCUCUACACUCUAGUCAGCGGGUCACUCCCCUUUGAUGGACAGAACCUAAAGGAACUGAGAGAAAGAGUAUUAAGAGGGAAAUACAGAAUCCCUUUCUACAUGUCCACAGACUGUGAAAACCUUCUCAAACGCUUCCUGGUGCUAAACCCAAUAAAACGAGGCACUCUAGAGCAAAUCAUGAAGGACAGAUGGAUCAAUGCAGGCCACGAAGAAGAUGAACUUAAACCAUUUGUUGAACCAGAGCUAGACAUCUCAGACCAGAAAAGAAUAGAUAUUAUGGUGGGAAUGGGAUAUUCACAAGAAGAAAUUCAAGAAUCUCUUAGUAAGAUGAAAUAUGAUGAGAUCACAGCUACGUAUUUGCUAUUGGGGAGAAAAUCUUCGGAGCUGGAUGCUAGUGACUCCAGUUCUAGCAGCAAUCUUUCACUUGCUAAGGUUAGGCCAAGCAGUGACCUCAACAACAGUACUGGCCAGUCUCCUCACCACAAGGUGCAGAGAAGUGUUUCUUCCAGCCAGAAGCAGAGGCGGUACAGUGACCAUGCUGGACCGGCUAUUCCUUCAGUUGUGGCAUAUCCAAAAAGGAGUCAGACCAGCACUGCAGAUAGUGACCUCAAAGAAGACGGAAUUCCUUCCCGGAAGUCAAGCGGAAGUGCCGUGGGAGGAAAGGGAAUUGCUCCAGCCAGUCCCAUGCUUGGGAACGCAAGUAAUCCCAAUAAGGCCGAUAUUCCUGAACGCAAGAAAAGCUCUACUGUCCCUAGUAGUAAUACAGCAUCUGGUGGAAUGACACGGCGAAAUACUUACGUUUGCAGUGAAAGAACCACAGCUGAUAGACAUUCAGUAAUUCAGAAUGGGAAAGAAAACAGCCUGACAGAACUGUUCGCUUACGCAGCUAGCCCUGCCUCAGUUUGUGCCACAGCUUCCACCUGUCGGCUGAGACAUCAGAAGUCGAUGUCCAUGUCAGCCUCGGGGCACCCCACGAUGAUGGUACCUCCAGUAGACAGUGAAGGAGAUAACAGCAAGGCUGUCACUAUUCCUGAUCCGAGGACUCCAGUUGCCUCGACGCACAGUGUCAGCAGCGCAGCCACGCCAGACCGACUCCGCUUCCCACGGGGCACAGCCAGUCGCAGCACUUUCCAUGGCCAGCCCCGGGAGCGGCGGACUGCCACGUAUAAUGGCCCGCCUGCCUCACCCAGCCUGUCCCACGAAGCCACACCAUUGUCACAGACUCGAAGCCGAGGCUCCACUAAUCUUUUUAGUAAAUUAACUUCAAAACUUACAAGGAGGCUUCCAACUGAAUAUGAGAGGAACGGGAGAUAUGAGGGCUCAAGUCGCAACGUAUCUGCUGAGCAAAAGGAUGAAAACAAAGAAGCAAAACCUCGCUCCCUGCGCUUUACCUGGAGCAUGAAAACCACUAGUUCCAUGGAUCCCAAUGACAUGAUGCGGGAAAUCCGCAAAGUGCUGGACGCCAAUAACUGUGACUACGAGCAGAGAGAGCGCUUCUUACUCUUCUGUGUCCACGGUGACGGGCACGCAGAGAACCUCGUGCAGUGGGAGAUGGAGGUGUGCAAGCUGCCAAGACUGUCUCUGAAUGGGGUCCGGUUUAAGCGGAUAUCAGGGACAUCCAUAGCUUUCAAAAAUAUUGCUUCCAAAAUUGCCAAUGAGCUAAAGCUGUAACCCAGUAAUUACAGUGUAAAUUAAGUAGCAAUUUUAAGUGUUUUCUUGAACACUGAUGGAAAUGUAUAGAAUAAUAUUUAGGUAAUAACGUCUGCAUCUUCUAAAUCAUGAUAUUAAAAUAUAAGGACGAGAGCACGCCUGGGAGCGGAAGCUGGCCUUUUUUCUACAAAUGCACUACAUUAAAGAUGUGUGACACGCA